GGUUGCUGCUCCAAGAUGGCGGACGAGGAGACUCUGCUCCUCCAAGCGCGUAGCGGCCGCUGCGCUGCGGCCGAGGGUGCCGAGCCCCUUCCUAAGCGCCAGCGCCUGGACUCGGAAGACAGCGACGGGCGGGGCUCGGGGAAGGGCCUAGGCCCAGAACGAAGGGUUGGGACGGCGCCCACCACAGGCUCCGCGACUAGGGCGGCGGCGGUGGUGAGGCUGCAGGGGGAGGGAGCGGCGGGCUGGAGCGGCGGGGAGAACGGGGCCGGGCUGCGGGGCCUGCCCCGCGAGGAGCCGCCUCCGCAGCAGCAGCAACAGGGGGAGGGGGCGGAGACGGCGCCCAGUGGAGACGCGGUGGAGACGGCCAUUGGCUACAGACGGUCGCAGUGUUCACACGGGGUGGCCGAGGCGGCUGCCCCGCAUCCUGAUGACAUCCUUUUUAGUGAUGAAAUCAUAGCCAAUGGUUUCCAUUCCUGUGAUAGUGAUGAAGAUGACAGAGCCUCACGUGCAAGCUCUAGUGACUGGACUCCAAGACCACGUAUAGGUCCCUACACUUUUGUUCAACAACAUCUAAUGAUAGGCACAGACCCACGGACAAUUCUGAAGGAUUUGCUACCAGAAACAAUCCCUCCUCCUGAACUGGAUGAUAUGACUCUGUGGCAGAUUGUUAUAAACAUUCUUUCAGAACCACCAAAAAGGAAAAAACGAAAAGAUAUUAAUACUAUUGAGGAUGCUGUGAAACUUUUACAAGAGUGCAAAAAAAUAAUUGUCUUGACUGGAGCUGGGGUGUCUGUUUCUUGUGGAAUACCUGACUUUCGAUCAAGAGAUGGCAUCUAUGCACGCCUUGCAGUAGAUUUUCCAGACCUUCCAGAUCCUCAAGCAAUGUUUGAUAUAGAAUACUUCAGAAAGGAUCCAAGACCGUUUUUUAAAUUUGCAAAGGAAAUAUAUCCUGGACAGUUCCAACCAUCUCUCUGUCAUAAGUUCAUAGCUUUGAUGGACAAAGAAGGAAAACUACUUCGCAACUAUACUCAGAACAUAGACACACUGGAACAGGUUGCAGGAAUCCAAAGGAUAAUUCAGUGUCAUGGUUCCUUUGCAACAGCUUCCUGCCUCAUCUGUAAAUACAAAGUUGAUUGUGAAGCUGUUCGAGGAGACAUUUUUAAUCAGGUUGUUCCAAGAUGUCCCAGGUGUCCACCUGAUGAACCACUUGCCAUCAUGAAGCCAGAGAUAGUGUUCUUUGGAGAAAACUUACCUGAGCAGUUCCAUAGGGCCAUGAAGUAUGACAAAGAUGAAGUUGAUCUCCUUAUUGUUAUUGGGUCUUCACUGAAAGUAAGACCAGUAGCAUUGAUUCCAAGUUCCAUCCCCCAUGAAGUGCCUCAGAUCUUAAUUAAUAGGGAACCUUUGCCUCAUCUACACUUUGAUGUGGAGCUUCUUGGAGACUGUGAUGUCAUUAUUAAUGAAUUAUGUCAAAGGCUAGGUGGUGAAUAUACAAAACUUUGCUAUAACUCUGUAAAACUUUCAGAAAUAACAGAAAAGCCCUCACGAAUGCACAAGGAAUUUGAAAUGCAUUCAGCUGAGUUACCACCUACCCCUUUAAAAAUUUCUGAAGACUCUAGUUCACCGAACAGAAUGACACCACCAGAUCCUUUAGUGGUACUUUCAGAGCAUCCAACUGAAGGUAAGGCAGAAAAUGCUGAUCCUCCCUCAGAAUCUAAAGGGAAUUGCAUGGAGGAUAAAUUGCAAGAAGUACAAGCAUGCUCAGAAAACUCUGAAAGUAUUACUGGCCAGCUAAUGAACUCAGAACAUCUGAAGGAUAAUCGAUCUAACAAGGAGGAAAAUAAAGAGAAAAAUGAAAUAACUUCAUCAGUUGAAACAUUGAGAAAAUGUUUGGCAAACAGAUUUGCAAAAGAACAAAUUAGCAAGCGGCUUGAUGGUACUCAAUACUUAUUUUUACCACCAAAUCGCUACAUUUUCCAUGGGGCUGAGGUAUACUCAGACUCUGAAGACGAUGUCCUAUCUUCUAGUUCUUGUGGAAGUAGUAGUGAUAGUGGUUCUUGUCAUAGUCCAAGCUUAGAUGUUGAAGAUGAAAGUGAGAUUGAAGAAUUCUAUAAUGGCAUGGAGGAGGAGGAUGCUCCAGAGAGAGAAGAGGAGACUGGAUUUGGGGAAGAUGGAGUUGUUCAAGAUGCAGUUGGUGAACCAGCUUAUAUAAAUGAAGCUGCAGGAAUUGAUCGUCCAUCACACAAAUUGUAAAGUAAUCGUUGACUGGUUACAGGAACUUUCCCACCAGCAUUAGGAGCUUUGGCAUGUUGGAAUGAAUGUUUACUUCUGAACUUAGAGCAAGGAAUCCAUACGGAUGUAACGUUUAUAAACAACUAAAACAGAUUUUCAUGCAGUUUUUUUUAACUUUUUUCAAUAAAAUUUUGUAACUGCAUUCAACACUAAUUUUUUUUAUUUUAAAAAGGUACUAAGAGUAUCUUUAAGCAAUUGUCACUAUGUUCACUUUUAUUAAGUUCAUUUGUGUGAUCAGGCAUCUGUGUGUAUGGGUGUAUAUAUAUAUAUAAACAGUAUUUUUGCUUAAUGAAUUUCAACAUAUAUUAUUUUUAAACAGUUUUGAAAAAGCCAUUGGAAUGUUAAACUAAUAUAAAGGGAACAGCUAAUCUAGACCAAAGAAUGGUAUUUUUACACCUCGUGGUUUAUAACAGUUUGGUUUAUUUAUAAGCUCUUUAUGCUUCUGCUAAAUCUUUCGUUCUUUUACAAUCUGUCAUUAAACACUGGCAUUUUCCAAGACUUUCUGUGGCAGCUACUUUUUGCUUUGUUACUUUGUAUAUUUGAGACCGUGUCAGUAGAUAGUUAAAAAUAAAACAAGACAGAGAGCACUUGAAAAUGUUUUUGCCUUUCUGAGACUUAUAUAAAGUGCUCUGAAGAGGAUCAUGCUUAAUUAGCGUUUUUGAAUGAUGACUGAUAUUUCCUGUGGACAUGAAGCAUUUUCUAUAUUGGCUCAUAAAACUAUAACAAGACAGUAAGAAAUGUUAUGAAAAUAUUUGUUUCUAUU